CACAGAUAAUAAACUAGCUGUGCCCGCGGUCUCACUAGCGUAUAACUUAAAAAAAUCACUGAGCAGACUUAUAAUAUUUCAGUAUAUACACAAUUUUUAGUUUUAUUUUCGUGAAAUAAUAGUAUUUAUUCGGUUUUUGCCACACCCGGAUCUAGAUAGGGCAAUAUACAAUUGGAAUCAUACAUGAGAAAAACAUCAUUCCCUUAAAUCUAUUCCGACAUACUUGAAUGUCUUUCUCUGUACUUUAUUUAUUGACUUGUGACAAAUCGGACACCCACGUAUACGUAAGCAUAAAUAAAGCAUAAUUAUGACGACUCAAAUACACCGUUUAUUUUCCGUAAUAUGCGUGCUACAUUACAUUACGCUGCUACGUACGUACGUACGUACGAAGACAGCACCAGCAGAGAAACUCGACUUAAACGUUCCUUAAGAAAUGCGCAGACGCGAUGAGGGUCGAGCGACCCCGCACUAUCCCGAACGCUGCCGGUCGGCGGUCCCAGUAGCCGGCGAUCCGGCGGCGCGACCUGCUGCCCAGCGUGUAGGUUCGCGCGCCUCUGACGGCCGACGAGGCCUCACGCCGCGAACUUUGCUAUACAAUGUUUCAGUGGUAUCAGUAAUGCGAAAUCGCUCGUAACCAAUUCCGAUCCUUACGUAAUAAUAAUUAUUGUUGUGUGAAAUACGCCUACGUUUUUAUUUAAAGAAUAUAUGUCUGAGCUUCCAUACAACGUGUUGCGCGACCUACUUUCGCAGUCGAACUUAUCGACUGGAGACAGCUGUUUGAUCCGACGCGGUCAGGCGAGCGAGUAAUCUGUGCACCGGAGCGCGAGCGCGGUGGGCGCAUGGCGGCGGUCACGUGACGCCGCGCCAUGCGCGCCCGCUCGCCACUGUCGCUGUUGCUGGCUACGAUCGCCGCUAUCGCCGUCAUCCGUGCGGUUCCCCGCCAUGUCCCGGAGCCCACGUUUGCAUCACUGCUGCUCGUAGCACAGUCUGGCUGUCAGAUUGGGGACCCGUCCCUCUUUUCUCAAAAAAGUCUCGAACGCUAUGCUGCUUCCAUUACGCGCUAUUCUAAUAUAUCUCAUCCAUACCAUCUUCUUAACUACGAAGAAACUUGUGGCAUAAACUGGGAAACUACGGUGACGCGCCGUGCCUUGGCGACACUUGGAGCAGGCGGUGGAGUAAUCAUAUCGGGAAGACCGGGGACGACAGUGUGUAAUAGUGUGUCUUUAGCAGCGCGAGCGCUACAUCGUCCACAGCCGUCCAAGUGUAGCCACACGCAUGCGCGUGGCGCCGCUGUAGUUCAGCUAGCUAUGGACUUGCACUGGCGACGGGCAUUGUUGUUACCAACAAGCGGUGUGAACGAGUGUUCAGUGGCACAAUUGGAAGUCGAGAGGGCUCUCAUUGCGGCAGGUGUGCUCGUGAAACACAUUCUCACUAAUGCCGAGGACUCCACGCUCCGCCCGCAUGUGAUUAUCCUUUGCGAUUUAUCUAUAAAUGAAUUGAAUUUGGCGGGAAAUUUAAAUGAUACGGAAAUAUUGAUAUUACGCGUGGACGAUUCGAGAAUACUCAAGGUUUCUGAUUCGACGGACGAGAUAAAAAGCAAAAAUGAACAAAAUUUUCAAAUAAAAUCACCACCAACUUCGAACAUGAUAUUAUCAGAAUUUUUAUCAGAUUAUUUUGAUUCUUCUCAAAAAAUUAACUUACCAAGGCCGAUAUCUUAUAAUUCAAAUGAACUGUAUUCUUUGCCUGCAAAACAAAUCAAAUCUUUGAAGCGAAGCGUUCCACGUCGCACAAUACUAUUGGAAAAGCUAAAUUCGCUCAAUCUAACGAGCACAAACAGAAGUAAGUUUAAUAAUAGUUUGCAUUCAAAAAUGGAAAACAUAAGUUUCCUCCAAAAACGAGAUUCAGAAGAUAUAAACACUGAUUAUAUCAAUUCACAUCUAAAGAGCUUAGAGCUGGCAAUAAGUGAUCGUUUAUUAGUACUCACUGACGACGUUACAAAAAUCAUAUCAACAAGUCAAACUAUGUAUCAUGAAGUUCUUGAAGCUACUUUAACACAUUUAGAAGCAGAACGUAAGAGGCUGCAGUACACUACUGACGAGUUUUUCUUAUAUAAAAGUGUCAUUUUUAACACAAGUGUUAUAUGGAGGCGUGUUGCGAAAUUGACAGCUUUGUCGGAAAGAUCAGUUGUUUCAUCCAACGAAUGGACUACAAAAGUUGCCGUGGACUUACCUGGCGAGCUAGAACUAAAAAACUGGAGUAGAACACGCAAUCAAAAGUUUGAGGAGUUGAAAAUAAUGAAUAGAAUGGAAAUAACACAGUUAGUUGUUGUAAUGCUUUGUGUCGCAUGUACACUUUUAGGUGCACUGACGAUAGGCGCAUUUUACGUGAGACGCAAAUCUAUUCGACAUAUGCCAAGAAGACCACGAGUGGUUCCUCUUCUCGCUUCUGCUGAUUUCCAGUUCCCAGCUGAUGAACGUCGUCGGGUAGGUGAAGGUAUGGAAACCAUGCUUUCGUGGCUUCAACAAUUUCAUGAAUUCGGUGGCUCGGAACCAGAACGUCCAGAUUUACUAAAAAGGCCAGAGCCCCUUGUUCAAUCAGCCCCAUCUUCCACUUGCAGUGUCACACGACUUGCACCUGAUAGCCGUACCAGGUACAAGGGUGAUCCUGUCCACAUGAAAUACUUACCCGCUUCGACGCUUGAGUUACGUCGUAAAACUAUUGAUGUAUUGCUUUUGAUGCAAAGUCUGCGACAUGAGAAUUUGAACCCUUUUAUUGGUUGCUUAACGGAAAUCCGGCCCGCAUUGGUAUUCGAAGCAUGUGGACGUGGUUCAUUGGAGGAUGUACUGGUAGCUGAUGAUAUCCGGCUCGACUGGACUUUUCGGCUCUCUCUGCUCACUGAUUUAGUGCGCGGCAUGCGCUACUUGCAUACUUCGCCUUUGCGCGUGCACGCACGUCUCUCCUCGCGAAACUGCGUCGUUGAUUCUCGUUGGGUUCUACGCAUUACUGACUAUGGCCUGCCUUCAUUCACCUCCGCUCAGUCACUGCCUUAUCCUCCUCGAUCUGCUAGGGAUUUGUUGUGGACAGCUCCAGAGAUUCUUCGCGAAACCAGCUCAGAGACGGUUCCGGGUGGUACGCAGGCGGGUGAUGUUUUCUCAUUUGCUAUAAUUAUGCAGGAAGUUCUAGUUCGUGGCGAACCUUAUUGUAUGUUAUCUCUUACACCUGAAGAGAUAGUGGACAAGUUAAUACACGCACCACCGCUGAUUCGGCCGUCAGUCUCCAUGAGUGCUGCCCCGCCCGAAGCCGUAAGCGUAAUGCGACAAUGUUGGAGUGAACAGCCCGACUUACGGCCUGAUUUCAUUCGACUGUACGAAGUUUUUCGUCAUAUGCAUCGAGGGCGAAAAGUAAACAUAGUUGAUUCUAUGUUUGAAAUGUUAGAAAAGUAUAGCAAUAAUUUAGAAGAGUUGAUUAAGGAUCGGACUGAGCAACUUGAUAUGGAAAAAAAGAAAACCGAGCAACUGCUUAACAGAAUGUUGCCAAGAUCAGUAGCAGAGCGUUUGAUGCUGGGACUCCGUGUAGAGCCCGAGGAGUUCGAGGAGGUGUCGAUAUACUUCAGCGACAUCGUGGGAUUCACGUCGCUCGCUGCGCGGUCCACACCCGUGCAAGUAGUAGACCUGCUGAACGACCUCUACACGACUUUUGACGCAGCAAUAGAGCAGUACCGGGUCUAUAAGGUGGAGACCAUAGGCGACGCUUAUAUGGUAGUCGGUGGGCUACCUAUUCGUUGUAGCGACCACGCGGAGAACGUGGCCACGAUGGCUCUGCACUUGUUGCAUCUAGCAGGACGCUUUCGUAUCCGCCACUUGCCCGUCACGCCGUUGCAUCUGCGUAUCGGUUUGCACACGGGUGCGUGUUGCGCAGGCGUGGUCGGUCUCACUAUGCCGCGCUAUUGUCUGUUCGGCGAUACUGUCAACACCGCCUCUCGUAUGGAGUCCACAGGAGCAGCGUGGCGCAUUCAAGUGUCGUCGACGACCGCAGAGCGACUAGUCGCGGCGGGGGGAUACCGCCUGCGCUCGCGCGGCCUGACGCAGAUCAAGGGGAAAGGUGCCAUGCACACCUAUUGGCUGCUCGGAAAAGAUGGUUUCGAUAAGUCUUUACCGACACCGCCACCGCUCGAGUCUGAAGAAGUCUUGUUCGAGGCGGAAAGUGAAAAUGAUAUCGAAACGUGCGAUUUAUCCACCGCAAUCGAUAAAAAAUCUUCAGCGUCACAAUCCGUCGAACGACAGCGGUCGGACCCGUCUCCUACUGUUGAUAAAUUUUCCUGGCAACGCUCCGGUGCAGUUUCAGCGGAGAGUAGUCCCCCGCCGCCCUCUCUACCGCGCUGUCGCUAUUUACGCUCAUCUGUCUCUACGGUCGCUAGCCUUCUCGACACUCCGAGGCUCUCUGAUCGAUGGGCUUCGUCAGGAGCACGUACUUUACGGAGACAAUGGUCGUUAGAGCGUGGCGACGCGUUGGCAGCGGCAGCAGCCGAGACACCUGCCGCGGCCCCCGUCCCGCAUGUGGAGCCGCUGGCCCUGCGCGCGCCGCCCACGCGGCCGCCGCUGGCGCGCUACCGCACUCGCCGCGACACGUCCACGCUCGACGUCUCCGACCGGUAGCCGCGGCCGCGAGGCAGCUCGGAUCUUCCACAGCCCUCUCCCCGACAAUAAUUUUCGUAGUCGAGCUCAAGCCACUCGAUGUCUUUCAUCUUCCCUUUUUAGGUAUUAUGAAUGUUGUGAUCGAGUAGAAAUAUAGACUUAAUUUAUUUCGAAAAAUAUUUUUAUUACGAGCCUUCGAUUAAAAUAUCCAUUUAUCUCGGAUAAAAUUAAUUAUUUUUUAAUA